AUGGCCGCCAGACUCGACGAAUUCUCAUCAUCACGAGGCCUAAAGUCAGAUCAGCUGCUUGAGCAGGUCAAAGAAAUCUUCUCGUUGGUAGAUAAGGCCGGAAGCAUGAAAGCCCUUGAGGAUGCCUUCAUGGCCGUCGGAGUUGCAGGCGGUUCAAACCAGGCCCUACAACGGAGGCAAGCUUUAGACGACGCGACUGCGUACCUAGACGGAAUUUCCAGCCAAGAGAAGAUGUGGUCAGACCAUGAAACAUUCAUGCAAUCCCUAUGGUCAAGCGGCGAGGCCAAGAACACGGUCCAACAGAAGAGGGGCGCGCUGAGUUCGACUUCGAAUAGGGAGUCUAGUGCCUUGCCUAUGGCAACGCCGCUUAACAGCUCGCGGCCUGGGACUAUGUGGCCAGAGUCGAGCAAUUCAGGCCUAGUACCAGUGGGGUCAACGGCGCCUGGAAAGCGGAGGUCAGAGAGUCGGGCAGGUGGUAACCCAAAGCGGACCCGCUCGCAGUAUUCUGUGACUUGGGCCGUAGAAGACCAGUUCUCGCAGACACCGCAGAAUUCUGUGCCUCUCUCGGGACAGGCAGGUCUUCAUGGUACACUACCGCAAAUAUUUGUGGGAAGUGACCAUAUGAGUACGCCACUGGAUAGAGACCUCCCUUUGCAGGAUUCUGUAAUUGGAGUGCGUCGAGGAGCGAUAGGGACUGUGGAACAAGACGAAGCGCCCAUUCGUCGACUACCAAUCGCGUUCCUUAUCCCUGAGACGGAUGGGACGGUGAUCAGGGACGAGCAUAAGAUGGACAAGGAGCUUGUCAACUGGCUGUGGGGCGAACUCUUUCGGCACAUUAUGGCCAAGAACGAACGCCGGCUGUUGUGGGACAGACUCGAGGCUACAAACGGACUUGCAUCCUCAUGA